CGCAACUUGAAGGGUGGGGGAAAUAAAGAAAAGUACUUCAUAGAUCAUAUAAAGAAAAGUACUUAAAGAAAAGUACCUAAUAGAUAUUCUGCAUCAUGAUUAACGAGACUUUAAUUUCAGUUUUGUUCUCAUAUAAAUUAGAAAGAUUAUCGUUGUUAUUCAUUUCACGUCCUGUUCCGAAUCCGAAGUUGUCUAGUCUUCCUCGAUCCUGUCUCUUCCUCAUUCAUGAUGUCUCAUUUCCUUGAGCUUCCUCCCGGCCUUGGGAAGAGAUCACUAUCAUACAUGAACAUGACCAGUACUACUACCAUUAAAGUUCUCUUACUAGCCCUUACCAUCAUUUUCCUCAUAGUAGUGAUCCCUCUCUCCCCGGUAAACGAUUCAUCAUGGCCAUGGCUGUAUCCAAAAGACAACGUCGACAUGAGCAUCAAGUUUGGGAAGAAAUGCAAUAUAUUUCGCGGAAGAUGGGUUCCGUACCCCGGUGGUCCUUAUUACACAAAUAGGACUUGUCGUGAAAUCUUCGACCAACAAAAUUGCAUGAAGUUUGGAAGACCAGACACUGAGUUUUUGAAAUGGAGGUGGAAACCAGAUGAAUGCGAGCUACCUCUCUUUGAUGCAGUGCAGUUCUUGGAGCAUGUCAAAGGGAAGUCAAUGGCCUUUAUUGGAGACUCUUUGGGAAGAAACCAAAUGCAGUCACUAUUGUGCCUCUUGGCGAGGGUUAGCAAUCCUACUGAUGUUUCUUACACCAGGGAUCCAAGGUUUAAACGCUGGGUUUAUGUGGACUACAACUUCACACUGGCAUCCUUCUGGUCACCACAUUUGGUCAAUGCCAUAGACACAGACCCCAAUGGGCCAACAUAUAACCGCCUCAUGAACCUUUACUUAGAUGAGCCUAACCAUGAGUGGGCAUCUCAGGUAGAGACAUUCAACUAUGUUAUCAUCUCAGCUGGACGAUGGUUCUUUGGACCACAAAUGUUCUUUGAAAAUGGUCAUGUUGUUGGGUGUCAUGCAUGUCUCAAGACUGACGUUAAAAACCUGACCAUGAUCUAUGGAUAUAGAAAGGCCUUUAGAACUGCACUCGGGACCCUUGUAAAGCUCAAAAAUUUCAAGGGGGUGACUAUUUUGAGGACAUUGUCACCGGCGCAUUUUGAGAAUGGGGAAUGGGAUAAAGGAGGGAAUUGCGUAAGGACAAGGCCUGUGAGUAAUUCUUCAGAAAUGAAGUUGGAUGGAGCCGAUUUGAAGUUGUACAUGACUCAAGUGGAGGAGCUAAGGGCAGCAGAGAGGGAAGGGAGGAAGAGGGGUUUGAAGUUUUGGAUGCUAGAUACAACUGAAGCUAUGAUAGCGAGGCCAGAUGGGCACCCCAACCAUUAUGGGCAUUGGCCACAUGAAAAUGUGACUAUUGCUGAUUGUGUCCAUUGGUGCUUGCCUGGCCCCAUUGACACGUGGAAUGAGUUCUUGCUUAAAAUGUUAAAGGUAUAUGGAUGAUCAUCAGGAUUCUUUCCAGAGAAAACCUCAGUAAUAAUGGACAUGACACGUCUUAAGUCAAGUCGGUCAAAGUAGUAUGUAUUUUCUUAAAAUGCAAGAUGAAAGCCUAAGUAAACAUUCUUCUAUUGAAAA